AUGGAAUUAGAAGCUGAUUAUUUUGAUAGCAAUUAAUUUACUGAUUCUUACAGUACGCAUCCUGAUAAAUAGGAUAAUUAUAAAUACUACCCUCACUUCUAAGAAAUAUUGCUUCCUGAGGCUGUACAUGAGUUGUAGAUGGAAUACGAAUUUAAUGAAAACUUUCUCAUUGUGUAAUAAGAAGAAGAUAUUUAAUAACUAUUGAAUUAUCCUAAUAAAUAAAAUUAAAAUGGCGAACAUUUGAUUGAUCCUAAUCAUAUAAGGGAUUCCCACUCUCUUUCGUAGUCCACAAUUAGCAACUAGAUUGGAGAAUCUUCGAUUAACUAUUUAAAUCAAAGUACUUUAUUAGAUAAGAAAAUUAUAAGCUAGACAGAUUUACUCUCAAAUAUAGAUUGUAUUUCUGAGUAGCUAGCAGAAGAACAGCGAGAGCUUUAAGAAUAAGAGAAACGAUGUAUUAUUUUUACCUAAAACCCAAAUAAAAGCAAUGAUAAUACUGAAAAUAAAAGUACACAUACAAAAUCUAAUGAAAAAUACAUAGUCAAGUCUAUUGUUGCAGUUGAUUUGACUAAAAAGCCCAGUAAUUUUGAAUUUAAGUACGGUGAGAGACCCUAUGUUAUUAUUAAUCCUUUAUAAGGAUUUUAUUUUAUAUCUGGAGACGUUUGCAUUAUGAAUACAGUAUUAAAGAGAGAAUUCACUCGCUUUUCUGAACUGAAUUCAUUUAAAUCCCCUGUGAAAACUUAUAGCAAUGAAAAAGUUGGUACUUUAGAAGUAGAUCUAAACAAUAAGAGAAGUGGAAUUAAAAACUUUCAAUUUAUUAUAAACAAAUUGCGUUCUUACUCAAGCUAAAGGUGUUACUCCUUCGCCUAGUUGCUCGAGAAGUAUCAAAAGUUUGUUGACAAUCUACAAGAAAAAACUGAAAUCUUAUAAAAUGAAUAGAAUAUGCACUUUUUCUCUAACUAUUUAGACGAAAGCUACGCUAAUUUUCUUUAAAAGUGUCAAUAAGUUUUAACUAAGGUUGCUGAAUAACAUACAUUCUAUUCUUAUACUAUUAAUAGAUUGAAUUUAUUUAAUUUUGAAAUGGAAAUGCGUAAAUAUGGUUACUCAGAAACCCUCUUGGCAUUACUAGGAUUGGAUGUUUAGUAAGCUUAACAGUACAUAUGGAGAAGAGGACUUUUCGAUUAUAUGGAUAAAGCUAACAUAGAGGAUAUGCUUUACUAAUACAUCUCAUAUACUAUUGGUGAAGGCAAACCUUAACCACAUGAAGUAACUCUGCAUACAUUUGACGGUUUAGAAGUAAUGGCAGUAAACAAUAUAAAAAUAUUCAUGAAUGUUGACCCUAAAAAUCCAUUCGUUGGCUAUAAUGAAGUAUUACUAAUAAAUAUAUAUGACGUAAGCUAAAAUAUGAUAAAGCAAGUAAUGGAGCUUAGAAAAUAAAAUAAGGAUAAAUCAUUUAAGUAUAUGAGGGAACUAGAAGAAGAUUUAUCUUAUUCUAUGGAAGCCACAAUCUUCCUCGAAAAAUACUAUAAAAAUGCUACUUAGAACUUUUUGCCCUCUAAUAAAAGAGCAGGUUAUAGAUUAAUUAAUUAAUAACAAAACAAAUAAGAAUAAGAAUAGUAACAAGCUAAUUGA